AUGGACGACAAAUCAUACACGCAGAAACCUGCAGAGAUGCGAGAGACUCCUUCACCAUCACCAUUAGAUACAAACAUUCCAUCUCCAACUUCAGAUUCAAAACCCUUCGCUUCAUCUAGGAGGAACUACGAUACAUCAACUAAACCUACUGUUAAGAGAUUACAAACAAACCGAGCAUCGUCUGCAACCAACAGCCCAAUAGGAUCACGCGAAUCGUCACCAGUCCGACCUCAACUAAGAAAUCCCUCUGCCGCUCGCUCAGGUACCCCUUCGAGAUCACGGAAGAAUAGCCAAGAUAUUAGUCCUUCACGCUCAACGAGUAGUCAACACCCACCAUCUGCUGCGGCGAUCCAACGAGGCUUAUCAGCUCAAAAGCUUCCUACUUUGAAUCACGUUGCAUCCGAACCUUCGAUUAGAGCACCAAUACCUCAGAAGCCGCUAGUAACGAGUGAAAUCAGAGAUGGUCCACGUUGGCCUGUAUCCCCGAGAAUAAGAUCACCUCCUCCCAGACAGAGCAGCCUGCUAUCGCCUCGAAAGACGGAACAAGAAAUCCCCGCGAUCAAUGUGCGAAGAACCUCUCCCACUGCAGAGCAAAGAGCGGAAGGGAAAUCUGCGGCCGAUAGCGAAUCAGAAGAGAACCUGUUAGCACCAGGGAUGCGAACACCUGCGAGAGGUGUCAGUGGUGGUAGUUCAACGUUAGAAACUGUCCAGGAGAUCAGCCAACCCAACACUCCAUCGUUCGAACUCGAUGGCGCAAUCGACACAACCACUCAGGGAAGUCCAACUUUACCAACAGAACAGGAUCUGAUGGAUGGCGCAUCGGUUGAGACGUUGAAGAAGCCGACGAUUGUGACAAAUGAGAGUGGGAGUGAGAGUGGUGGGAAGGGGGACAACAAGAUGAAGAACACUACCCCCACGGCAACUCGCACGGGGCCACCUAAAUCAUUUAGUGGACCAACAGCAGCGCGGGGCAAACCAUCCGGGGAAGGCUCUGCGAAAAACAUGACAGUUGAGACGGAGACUGUGAGCUCAAUCCCACAAAUUGCUCUGGCUACGGGUGCGGGAGGAUUGGCUAAUGGCAGUUUACGGGCCAAGCAAAGUACUGAGACCAUUCGACCUCGGAAGGAAAAGAAGAAGAGUCGAAAGGCCCCAUCGGUAACUUCUGGAACGGCUUCUUCCAAGGCAGAUAUCUUCGAAGCUAAAGUCGCGAGCGCGGUCGACGAAGCGAAUUCCUCCGAUUCCGAAGAGACCUUUGUGUACGAAUCGAAUCCACCAGAACAAGAGCGACCUCGUCGAUUUCAUUCUCGAACCCCAAGUGCUACAUCCAUGGCCAGUCAAAUAGAUGCAAGAAACGGAUUACGCUCAAUGAUGGAUAGUAGCAAUCACAGUGUGGCGAUGAAAAAGAGUAUGAAAUUCGCAAACUCUUACAAUAGCGCGGGUCAAGAAAUGACAACAGAAGACGACGGAAAGGGCACGGCACGAAGUAAUUUAGGCCGAGGGACGGCACAUCAUCAUUUUAGCCGUUGGGGAAGAAAUGGGGGAAACGGCCAUGCAUCUCUCUUCGAUAACGAAUCGCCUUUUCCAAAUGCUGCGAAAUCCAAAUUUGCCGCAAACCCUACUCGCCAAGGUUCAAGACCUACGAGUCCGAGAGUGGUAAACACAGCGAGAAUGUCCAUGGGAGGUAACGUGAACGGCAGGAAGACCUCGCCAAUUAGCUCGGGAUACGAUCUUGAUGAUGCUGCGGACGAUGAGAGAACACCGCUUAUUCCAUCUACCAUUCGUUCAACUCGAUCAAGUCGCAUACGCCGUGGAAAUGCCCCAUCAUCAAGACACAUGGAACAUCAAAGAAACGACCGCUCAUUCAUCGCUCGGUUUGCUGGAUGCAUGUUUGUUUCCGUGCUGCUUCUCCUCGUCGCGGCAGGUCUUGUGGCAUUCCUAUUUGCGACAACCCAGCCCCUGGGCAAUGUGAAGGUAUUGGCUUUGAGAAACAUCUUGGCUAGCGAACAAGAUGUCAUUAUAGAUUUACAGGUUACGGCUCAAAAUCCAAACCUGGUUGCUGUCACUAUUGAUUCUAUGGAUAUGGUUAUUUUUGCAAAGUCCAAAUAUGCAGGUACAGAUUCUGAGUGGUGGGCACAGCCACCAACCAAAUUUUUGUGGAGGCGUGGAUUCAAACAGAGACGGGAUGAUCCAAUCAAUGAUCCGCCGAUGGAUGAUGAUCCAAACACCAAUCCGAAUUUGGAAAUUGGACAUAUUUACAACUUCGAGAGUCCCUUGAUCUUUGAAGGGUCGCCAUUCAAACCUACGUCCUCUGUAUCAAUAGGGGAGAUGCGAAUCCUAAAACCUGGAAAUCAGACGGAGCCACGUGGAUCAGAGCGUUGGGGGCGAGUUCUUCAACAUGAGUUCGACCUGAUCGUCCGAGGCACGCUAAAAUACACACUUCCACUCAGCUCAAAAGCUAGGAGUAUUGGAGUUGAGGGUCGAGCAACAGUCAAGCCAAAUGCUGCUGAUCAAGAUCCGGACAAUGUUCAUGUCAUCGACGGGACUCAUCACUUGUUCGAUUAG